AUGCGCGUCGACGAUUCCGAGGAUGAGGGUGCUGGUUUGAACGCCCGCGCCCGCGCGCACGCGCACGCGAGCACGACGUCUCGAACGCCGCGAGCGCCCGCUUUGGGCGUCGUGAACGAGCUCGAGGGUGAUUUCUCUGAAGCUUUUGAAACAGGAACGAAUGAAGACGCGAAUCGACCCGAUUUGUACGCCGUGCUAGGCGUCAAACGCGAUGCGACUCUCCAGGAGAUCACCAAGGCGUAUAGAAAGCUCGCUGCGAAGUUUCAUCCCGAUCGACGGUCGGGGGAGGACGAUGGGGCGUUCGCGGAGGUCGCGCGGGCGUACGAGACGUUGCGAGACGCGAACAAACGCGCGUUUUACGAUUCUGGCGGCGCGAUGGAGGAGAUGGAGGUGGAAGUGGAGGAGUAUUUAGAGGCGUUUCGUGAGCUCUUCGAGUCGCGCUUCGGCGGUGACGAAGUGGCGACGCUCUGCCGAGGGAUGAGCGCGAAAGAGCUGGCGACUAUGCCACCGUUUCCAUUUCCAAGAUAUUUGUUCCCUUCAGGGACGUUUCCUGACGGUUUGAGAUUCGAGGACGAGACUACGUUCGCGGUGCCGCCAAAGGUUAGAGAGUUCAUCGACGAAAACGGCGUCGACGCGGUGACGGAGAUCGCGGGCGAGUUAGCUUCGCGUUCGCGAACACGCAAAUCGUCGUCGUCAAAUGCACGAGCUAGCGAGGAGGAUGAGCUGAAGGCAUUCAUCAUGGAGGCCAUGGCGGAUGAGCUCGAGGGAUUGGACCUGGACGGCGAGGACGGAGUUCUGGACGACGUGACACUCGCGCAGCUCAUGGAGUCGAUGCGAGACCUCGCCGGGGGAUUGAACGGCUUAGGGCGCGACGACGGUGAUAGUGAUAGCGGCAGUGAUUUUCUACCGGGUUCGCCGAGCUACGGCUCGCCGAGCUACGGCUCGCCGAGGUUCAGAAGACAGUGGAGCCAAGAUCAGUCAGAUGAAUCGAACGACGAGCGUGAGCCUCAAUUGAGUCUCGGUGACGUCUCUGCGGCAUCUACGGCGGAUAUUCGCGUGUGGAUCGACGCUGCGAAGACUGGAGAUUUACUGCAGGUGAUGGAAAUGUUCGACCGCGAUCCCGCGCUCGUACACGCGCGAUCGUCCGGUAUCGGUCACUCUGCGGCGCACUGGGCGGCGGCGAGAGGACACGUCGACGUACUCAAAUUCUUGGUCGACAAGGGUGGGUAUGACUUGAAUAUGUUGAACGCGUGCGACGCAACGGCAUUACACUCGGCGGCAGCGAACGGGCGAGAAGAAUGCGUGAGGCUUCUUUUAGAGCGCGGCGCGCGCGUUGACAUUGUUGAUGAAAUUGGCGAGACGCCGGGCGACGUGGCGUUGCGCAUGAAAAAUUUGCCACAGGAGCUCGCUCAGAGGCUCGUUGUGGCCCAAAAUUAUCCGAUAUCGGAUGUUCCGAUGUUUUGCGGCGCGUGCGAGGACGUGGAGACGCCAGUGAAGGUGAAUGCGACGCUCCAGGUCGUGCACGAAGAUGAGGAGUCCAAUGGACGAAUCGUCGAGCUCGAUCGCGCGGUUCAAAAGCGAUGGCUCGACGCCGCCAAGGCCGGAGAACUCGAGGUUAUGAAAAAGCUGUACGCCGAAAACGAGGACGUACUGUACGCCAAUGGUGAGGGAACGAAUUACGGAUUCUCAGGAAACACCGCUUUACAUUGGGCGGCAUACAACGCGCGCGUUGAUUGCGUUCGUUGGCUCUGCGCCCAAGGAAUGGAUCCCAACGUCACGAACAAGGGCGAGAGCACCGCGGCACACUCUGCCGCGGGCGCGGGACGACUAGACUCCCUCGUUGCCCUCGUGCACGAGUGCGGCGCCGAGGCGUCGUUGGCGAACGACGUGCACGAGCGUCCGAUCGACGUCGCGAGACAACGCGGGCACGCCGACUGCGUCGUCCUCCUUCGAGACGCCCAAUCGAUCUCAAACCUACGAAAAGAGAUCGAUAGAGACGGUGCGUGCUCGAUCAAGACGGCGCGCGCCGUGGUUCAAGCGCGCGCCGCCUCGGACGCCACGUGUCGCGGCUUGACUGAGAAAUCCGAGCUCUUAAACAAGGCUCGCGAGAUCGCCGAAGCCUUACCCCGACCGAUCCGAGACGUAGAAAUCAAACCGCGACCGAUCGUUCGACGUGUCUCGUAG